UUUAUAUCACUGUAUCUUUUGGUCUUUCAGCACUAUUAGUUUCAAGAGAAAGCAGCUCCGAUGAUGAAAAAGAUUCAAGCGAAGAUGAAAUUGAUGAAGAUGAUAGCAAUGAACAGGAGCGUAGAGUAAAAAGAGAUACUGGGAAUAGCAGAAAAUAUGACUCCACCGACACCCUUCCUAGGCAGAAAAGGUCAUUUUACAAUCCAAAUACACGAACACCUCCGUUUAUUAUUCUACAAAAUAGGCGCUUUGAACGAUAUCACUAUGGACGAGAUUGGGAACACAAAAGAGACAUUCUGUUUGCUGGCCGACGUUUCAAACCCAUGGUUGUUUAGCGGUUUUAAAAAGUGCAGAGUAUAGUUUGGCAUUUUCAGACUACUUGAUUAUGACAAUGUCACCACCUCCAUUUAGUACAGAUGCCAAACACCAGAUGCCGAAUGCCAAAUGCCUAACACAAAAAAAUUGGAGACUCUAACAAUACAGCACCACUAGUGGUUAUGACAUUAAAAAUCUUGAAGUCUGAGCACCUGCCAAUCAAAACACUUUUAGUUAGUCAAAGUUGAAUUUGGAUUAAACAGGUUUUACUGUCUUUUUUAUUGUUGUACAAACCUUCUCUGAUUGGUGAGAAAACGUCUCCAUUGGUACUGGUGCUAGGAGGGUGACUUGUCGUAACACCUGACUUGGAUGAUGUUACCUUAACACCUUUUGCUGAGAGAACAAAACAAACAAAGAACAGAAAACAGAAAAUAUUAAACUAACAUGCAGUAUCAGGGGUUUCAA